AUGGUGUUUUCCCCUUCUCUAUUAGGAAGCAGCACCCAGUUUAUCAAUUUUAAUCUGCUGUCCUUUCAGCUGUCGAAUUAUGAGUGCAUUGAAGCAGUAAAACGACCGUUCACCCUAGCGGACAUGCCUACACUGGCCAAGGAUCUUAUUUUUAGCGAACCGACAGUUCGAAUCGAUAUGUAUCGGAAGAGCUACAGCCUUUUCAUUUCAGAGAACGGCUCUGCAACAUUUGGCUUUGGUGCCGUGAGUCGGGUAUGCCGUGACAUGGGACUAAAAUUGAUUGUUCGAGCACGGAAUCCGCUAGAUAGUGGCAUAUGUUGGCUUGGAAAAAAGCAGCGGCUAAUCAGUUUAUGGAGUGCUCCAGCAAAGGCGUCAAAGAAGGUGAGAACUAUGUGA